ACAAGCAAACAAACACUUAUGGGAUCCUGCACACACACACACACACACACACACACACACACGCGCAGAAAACUGUUGGACGAUCAGGGGAGAUGACUGAAGGCUCUAUAUGUCUGGAGCUUGCAGAACUGGUUUCACAAUGCGCCCCCCUUUCUACGUUAAAUCAGCUGCAAAUAGACGGCGUUUACUUGCCUGGUCUUGUGAUGGAAUUCUCGUGACUAAACACAUUGUUCCACACAGACACACAUGAGAAACGGUUCGAUUUCACAAAAUCCGCCUGCGCUCGACGCGUGACGAUCAAACUUCUGGACGCUAAUUCGGAUGACGUUGUUAUUCAGGUGUUCGGGUUGAAAAGUGUUCAUCACCAAAAAAUUGUAUAUUUACCAACACUUUUGUGUGGAACGGAUUCAGGGAGACGUACGCAUGAACUACAUGCGUCCGUGGGUUUACAAAAUACAUAAACAUCAAAGCGUCACAGGUUCGGACCGAUCGCGUCCAUGAUUAGAGGAGCCAGUGCUACUGGAAUCUCACUCGUAUCGACCUGUGACUGAUGCGAACUAGAUAUGAUUAGUCAUAUUAGGCCACUUAAUUAAAUACUUAAUUAAAUACACCCGAAUCGAUGCUUAUUUGAUCCAAAUGUAGUUACUGCAUAUGAUCUUGAUAAUCAGUUGACCUGGCCUCACAUAUUCGUAAUCGUUGAAUUAGUUUAAUCAUGGACGGAAUGCUCGUUAGUUAAGGCUAGGGCUGGGCGAUAUGACAAAAAUAUAUCACAUCAUAUAUCAUGUCAUAUCAUAUCACAAUACUUGAGGAUAUUUCUGCGACGCACGUAUCACGGUAUAUAAUUUGGCUAAAACUAGUAGUAAGAGAAACUAAAAUAAAAUGUUAAACCGAGUUUGACGAUACUUUUCCUUAACGCCUACAAAGACGAAGAUGAUCUUCUACUCAGUUCCAUUUAAUUUGUAAUUAUUAAAUGUUUUAAAUGUUAUUAAAAUUAUUAAAUGUUUCAAAAAUACAUCAUACCCAACGAUAUCUCAUAAAAGUGUAUCGCGUAAUCUUUCAUCACGAUAUCGAUAUAUCACCCGGCCCCCCAGAACAUUCCCCCCAUGCCGAUUUUAUCCCUAAUUUAGUCUCGGCGGAUUCCCACCCACCAGCUACCGACCAGGGAGGAUGAAGGCUAACACGUGGUUCCUCGGAAACACGUGAAGCCAGCCAACCACAUCUUUUCAAAUCGCCGCUCGAGCGGUGUCACAGGGUGGCGUAACACACUCGGAGGAAAGCGCUAUCCGCCCUCUUCCUCAUACAUAACCUCACAGAUGCCUGCGAUUGGAUAAUAUCGCUGUGAUUGACAGGGGGGAGAGAGAGUAUGCCCCGCCCACCUUGAGAGCACCACCAGUUUGACUCUCUUGAACUCCUGACCAUGAAUGGCUGUGGCCAGGACUACCGUGACUAUGGCGCCUCGUCCUCACCGGGGCAACUGUUGCUACCCACCCGUCCAAGUCUCGCCCUCAUCUUAGCUGUGAUUGGUGCGGUGCUCCAAAGGCGCCCGGGCUUGACUUUGUUUCAUUGGCUGGCUUCCCUGUCCAAUUCAGAGCUGUCAUUUCAUUCGCGGAUGGCGCCUGUCAAUCAACGGGGGUCGUUACGUAAAAGAAACGCUCCCCGCCCCCAAUUAUUUUUUUUCUUCCUCCUGACGUUCAGUCAGUCAAUCAAAACUGAUCACCUUAAAUAUGACAGACUGUCCUGAUGGUGUGAGACAAAAGUUUAGAAAUGUUAUUUGGAGAUGAAAAAGAAUAAACAAACACUUUUAAAGGCUGUAUUUGAAACUUUUGUUUGUUUGUUUGGUUUUUCUUAUAUGAAUAUGUGGAUGAGCUGACUGGAACUAGGCAGCAAUUCAACACACUGAUAUGGCUCUGUGGCAUUUUAAUUAAACUCUUCGAAAAAUGCAUUGUGCUGUAAAUCAAUAAGAUAGCAGACGAGAAAAUAAUCUCGGUCCACACAUUGCCUCUGUAUCUAUGAAUGCCAAAUUGCUAAGUGAAUUUCACAGACGAGUGGCUCGGCACGAUUGCUGAUAGGCAGCUACAGGCCUCUGAUUAGCAAGCGACGACAAAACAGCCACACCUCACCAUGUUACCUCUUAUGUCUCUUAUCUUUGAACUAAAAGGUCAAUGCGGGUUCAUGAAGCCCAGGUUGAAAUACUGCACGAGUCCCUUUUUUUUCUGCAGAUUACAUCUCUUAAAUUGAACUUUAUGUCCCAAACCCCAGACAAUGUUUUAUAAUGGCUAUGAUGUACUACAUGCAUGCUGUCCAAUCUUCUGUGCUUGUUUUAUAUCAUAUUUGUUUGCUUUGGCCUUUCAAAGGUCAGCGUUUAUAACACUCUGGGCGUAUUGUGAUACACAGAAUGACAUUUAUUUGAAAGUAUUUUCUGACAAAAUCUCAAUUUCUCCCUCAAAACACUAUAAAUUAUUUCAAUCAGGCGGUUGUGGUUCAGGUGGUAGAGCGGGUUGUCCACUAAUCGUAGGGUUGGUGGUUCGAUUCCCGGCCCACGUGACUCCACAUACCGAAGUGUCCUUGGGCAAGACGCUGAACCCCAAGUUGCUCUCGAUGGCAAGUUAGCGCCUUGCAUGGCAGCUCUGCUACCAUUGGUGUGUGAGUGUGUGUGUGUGAAUGGGUGAAUGAGACAGUGUAGCGCUAAAAGCGCUAUAUAAGUGCACCAUUUACCAAUUGGCACUGGAUGAUGAUGCAAUCUUCCUCUUGGAGUAACCUAAUCUAGUCACGUUUUAGAUCAUGUGAAGGUUUGGUUUGGUUUUGCUGACUCCAUUGCGAUGAUUGUGAAGGCAAUUACAAUCACAGACAUAUUUCGUUUUAUUAAUAACCUCCUAAUAACCAUUUCAUCGUAAAUGUAAAUGUAAUAAACAGUUCUGUUUUUAUUAGAAAGCAUAGCAGUAAUUAGCAUUCAUGAUUAGCACUACACCCCAUAAAAGGAUGAAAAUUUUUCAGUGAAAAACCAAAUGUUUGCUUAUCCAAAAGUAGUCGAUCAGUCAAGACGUGUUUGGUGUCUAACGCUUGCUUCUUUAGAUUUGUACUAGAGCUACGAGACUAAUAUAGCUGGCUAGUAAUGAAUGUCUGCCUCACCCAAAAUCUUUUCAACCAAAAUUCAUCAAUUAAUUUACUUUAUAGUUAGUCUACUUUCAUCGAGUUGAAUACUUUGUAGUGAUCAGGGUAACACACUGUGUUUGUGUGUGUGUGUGUGUGUGUGUGUGUGUGUGUGUGGUCCCCCAAUUGGUGUCUGUAUGUGUGUUAUCUUAAAAGGUCACAAACGAUAAGAUUAGGCCAUUUCCUCUGACGUAACCUUGAAGGCCGGAUUCUGGUUAAUUAAAGUAGUUCCAGGCCAGCCCUUUGUCCCACUAAAGGUCUCUGUCACUAUCUGUCUGACUGACACCAGGGGAGGAAUAGGUCAUACUGGAGAGCUGAGGAACUAUAAAAGAGCUCUGAGGAUGCUGAGAAACCCAGCGUGGGACCUGAUACAAUUUCAUCUCAUCUUUGCUCAUCUUGCUAUCCAGUUCUCUCAUCCAGUUCUUGCCGUUUGUGCCGUCAUGUAUAAAGAGAUCGCGCUGACUCUGAGCCUGCUGGUGAUGCUGGUGUGCCAAGCUCAGGCCACCGAGGGUCACCCCAUCUACGGCGUGAAGCUGUGCGGGAGGGAAUUCAUCCGCGCCGUCAUCUUCACCUGUGGAGGCUCGCGCUGGAGAAGAUCCGUGGGGAUGCCAGGAGAAAACGGUGAUUUCUCCAGCGACUUUCUCUCCACACACGAUGAUGAGGCCAGUGACAGCUGGAGCUCCCAACUCAUCCCUCGCCUUUCUUACAAAGCUCAGGCUGACCCGGAGGGGAACGGCUUGGCCAGUGAGGGUCCGGAGAGCUUAGCGUUCAUCCGCCCGGCACGCUCACUCAUCUCAGACGAGGUCCUUGAGGCUCUGCGCACCUCCGACAGGAAAGGGAGGGACGUGGUGGUGGGCCUGUCCAACGCCUGCUGCAAGUGGGGCUGCAGCAAGAGCGAGAUCAGCUCCCUGUGCUAAAACAGACUCUUCCUUUCCGUCGCCAUUCCUCCAUGAGUGUCCAUCUCAGACUGCAGUGUUGAUGUCUCUAAUGUUCGCUGUUGGUGUGUUAGGUGGUCUAAUUUGAAUACAGCAGCUGGAGUGUAAUGUAUUAAAAUUUAUGCAAGUGUGGUGCGUCUGUGAAAGAAAAUAUUUCUCUGUGUAUUACAGUCUAACCUGCCCUGAUUUACCCAAAUAAGUAAAAGUUUGUUUUGCAAUACAUUUUAUUGUAGUGUGAUUUUUAGCAUCGCAGGAGUGUCUGAGGAGAAGUGUGGCCCUGUCUCAAUGACACAGUAGGAAAGACACUUUGUCUGAGCGUUCUCAGUUUGUUGUCUUCAUUUCAGUCUGAGUGCCACAAGAGGGUGACUGGUUUUCUCUUACGCGUUAUAGUCCGUGGAUGAUCCAACUUUCAGAGAGAACUUUGCCCAUGAUCCGAUAGCAACGCCUAUAUGACUAUCCAGGCUGAAUGCCAGACUGUAACUUUAAAGAGUUUAGCCAAAAAAUAAUUGCACACAGGCAACUAGCAUUCAUUUAUCUUCAAGUACAUGGAGAAAAUCCAUGUGGACACAGGGAGAAAAUGCCCAGGCAAGUGUUGCCAAUUUAGUGACUUUGUCACUAGAUAUGGCAACUAUUUAGACCCCUUUACUGACUUUAUUUCUGAAAAGAGCCUAGCAACAAAGCUAGCAAGUUCUUGAGCAGAUAUGAGCGACUGUUCUGCAUUCUCUCCAGCUCACAUGAUCACCACUGUUCCCAACAACCAAUCACUGAUCACCACUGUUCCCAACAACCAAUCACUGAUCACCAUUGUUCUCAGCGACCAAUCACUGAUCACCAUUGUUUCCAAUGACCAAUCUCUGUUUGUUUGUCUCAUUGUUGUCCCAAUUAUUCUAUUCUAUUCUAUUCUACUCCAUUCUGUUCUAUUCCAUGUUCUGAUAUGGAAAUGAUCAUGUAAUGAAUAUGCAAAUUAAUCCAUGGCGUCAUCUGGUGACUUCUAACAACUGUCUGAGCAUGCAGUAGCUAUUAGUAUCUAUUAAAAAAACAAAAACAUUUUAAACAAGUACUUUCUGUCUGGUUUAUGACAAAAAAAAGAGGACAAAACACCUCAAGCUUAAAGCACUCACAGCAGUCAAAUUAAAGCACUUAC